AGACGAAUCAAAACUUUUGCGUAUUCGUUUUGGGUUGUUGUUGUUGUUUUUUGAAGCGUGCAACGCGCUAAAAUGGCUCUGACUGAGAAUUGCAGGACUUAUCAGACGCCCAAGGACAGUGGAUGUGCUCAGAGUUGCUCUGGUGAUGUGGUUGAGCUCAAUGUAGGUGGACAGGUGUAUUACACUCGCCAUGCAACCCUCACCAGCGUGCCAAACUCACUGCUGGGGAAACUGUUCUCAGCUAAAAAAGACGUUUCCAACGACCUCGCGCAGGACAUCAAGGGACGCAUCUUCAUCGACAGGGACGGGUUCCUCUUUCGAUAUGUGUUGGACUAUCUCCGCGAUAAGAGCGUGGUGCUCCCGGAUUAUUUCCCGGAGAAAGGGAGACUCAAACGCGAGGCUGAGUUCUUCCAGCUGCCUGAGCUUGUCAAAAUCCUGACGGUUGAUGAAAACAUCCACGGUGAUUUCGACGAAGCAUCCCAGGGAAGCGAUCAGAGGUUUUACCUGGACGCGCGCGAUAGGC